AUGGCAGCAUUAGAAACGAGGAAACGCGCCGUCGACUCAGACAAGGUCUGGACAACCCUCAUCACCAACCUCGACUAUCUCUCCGGCCUCCUCACGCUGCACCACUCCCUCCAGCGCGUCAACUCGCGCUACCCGCUCGUCGCCCUCUACACCGACACGUUCCCCGAAGAAGGCCACGCCGCCCUGCGCGCCCGCGGCAUCGCCACGCAGCACAUCCCCUACCUGCUGCCCACCAAGGGCCGCGACUACUCCAACGACCCGCGCUUCUACGACUGCUGGAGCAAGCUGACGCCCUUCUCGCUGACCGAGUACUCGCGCGUCGUCCAGCUCGACUCCGACAUGCUCGUGCUGCGCAACAUGGACGAGCUGAUGGACCUCGAUCUCGACCCGCCGACCCUCAGCGAGACGGGCUCCCGUGAGAAUAGCACCCGUGUCUUCGCCGCCGGCCACGCUUGCGUGUGCAACCCGCUCAAGAAGCCGCACUAUCCCAAGGAUUGGGUGCCGGCCAACUGCGCCUUCACCUUCCAGCACGCGACGCCCGACGCUGCGCAGACCGAGGGUAUCGACCCUUCCGUCGGGCCGCUGGGCUUCAUGAACGGCGGCCUGCAGGUCGUCAACCCGUCGGCCGAGCUGUACAACCAGAUCGUCUCCCACAUGGAGGCCGAUGCCGCCAACAUGGACUUCGCCGACCAGUCGCUGCUGUCCGACCUGUACCGCGGCCGCUGGGUGCCUCUGCCCUACAUCUACAAUGCGCUGAAGACGCUGCGGUGGAAGGGCGUACACGAUCCCAUCUGGCGCGACGACCAGGUCAAGAACAUCCACUACAUCUUGAGCCCGAAGCCGUGGGACGAGAUAGACGAUAAGGGGGAGUGGACCGGCACGGAGGAGUCGCACAAGUGGUGGAUUGAUGCAAACCGGGAGAGAAAGGCGCAGGAAACGGAAAAGGGAAUCAACGACCGAUACUGA